AUGGAUCCCAGUGUACUCGCCAACAUGGAUAAAGACGCACUGAAGAAGCAGAUUGAAAACAUGAAGUAUCAAGCUACUAUGGAACGGUGGCCCCUGUCCAAAAGUAUUGCGGCCGAAUCGAUCCGCUUUUGUGUGGAUGUGGGAGCAGUUGAGAUAGAUGGAGGCGUAGUAGAAGUUGAAGUAGAGGUAGAAGUAGAAGUAGAGGUAGAGGGCUGUAAAUUAACGGGCUCCGGUCAUGUCGGAAAUAGAGACCGAGACCGAUCGUCGACAGCCGGGAUGAGAUGCGCUGUCGUGAAAAGACAAGAUAUGGGUGGGAUUUGA